UAAAUCUCAGAGAGCAGAGGAGAAGACCGGAGAUGGCUGCAAUGGCGACUGUAAAACUAAAAUCAUCCACUUUGACUUACUUGAUCCACCAUCUUCUCCGACAUCCCAAACCAACAUCUCCUCUUUCUCUGUUCCUUAGACCCUUUCCUUUGUCUGUGUUAACCCGUAAAUCAAAUCACAAUGACAAGGGUCGCUUCCUGUCAAUCUCCUCUUCUUUACCGCUUCCAUGUCCUUAUAUCUCACUCUCUCACUCCUUCUCUACUCUCAUAGCACCUAAAUCAGAACAAGAUGAAGACAACGUGUCUGUAGCCUCUUUUGGCGAGAAUAACGAUGAUGAAGAAGAAGAUGGUUCGGACAGUACAAUGGUUUCCAUGAAAGAAAGUGGAAGAACCUCUGAAAUUUCUGCAGAGAUGAUGACUGAGAUCUCUUCAUUGAAGUUGUCUGUGAAGGAGAAGAAAAGGCUUGCUUCUUAUGCUCACAGUUUGGGCGACAAACUCAAAUCUCAACUCGUAGGCAAAUCCGGCGUUACGGAUUCGGUCAUCCUCUCCUUUUUAGAGACGCUGGAGAAGAACGAGCUCUUAAAGGUGAAAAUACACAGAACAUGCCCUGGAGAUCUAGAUGAGAUAAUUUUGCAUCUGGAGGAAGCCACUGGUUCGGUAAUAGUCGAGAAAAUUGCGCGAACUGUUAUAUUGUAUCGUCCUAGUCCCACCAAAUUGAAAGCUGGGGAAAAGAAAACAAAGAUAUAGAAGAGUUGCAACAGAUUGAUUGCACCAUCUUUUAUAUACAGAAGAAUCUCAAGACUAGAAGCAGGGCCUUUUAUGCCAAGACUUUUCCAUUUCAAUCAAAUACAUUUCCUGUUCUUCAAGAAUACAAUUUGAAAUCAGAGUUUUUCAUUGAUCUACAGCUGAAUGAAGCUCUUUUCUAUUCCUUACACUUUUUCUUGUGAUGUAUAUGAUGACUUACUGAGUUACGCAGCUUUCACUU